CAGUUCGAACCCUGGCAGCAAGAUCAGCAUUUCCUUGCUUUGAUGAGCCAGCAUUCAAAGCCACCUUUCAAAUCAAAGUCAAGAGGGAAAAGCAAUACUCUACUCUGUCAAUAUGCCAUUGAAAGCAGUCAAACCACUAGCAGAUGGAUUGGUUCAAGAUGAAUUCUCAGUGAGUUUGAAAAUGAGUACUUACCUAGUAGCUGUCAUUGUUGGAAACCUGGCAAAUGUCAGUAAGCAAAUGGGUGGGAUUUUGGUAUCCAUCUAUGCUGUGCCACAGAAGUCAGUGCACACUGAAUAUGCUUUGGAUACAACUCUGAAGCUUCUUGAGUUUUACCAGAAGUAUUUUAAUAUAACAUACCCCCUUCAAAAAUUAGAUUUGGUAGCUCUUCCUGACUUUCAAGCUGGGGCUAUGGAAAACUGGGGUUUAAUUGUUUUUCGGGAAACAGCACUUCUUCAUGAUGAAAAAAUGUCUUCGGCAAUGGAUAAAAAGAGAGUAGCAGCAGUGAUUGCUCAUGAGCUGGCACACCAGUGGUUUGGAAAUCUAGUGACUAUGGAAUGGUGGAAUGACCUCUGGCUCAAUGAAGGAUUUGCCACUUUUAUGGAAAACUUCGCCAUGAAGGAAAUUUUUCCAGAUAUAUAUAAUGAUGACUCUUUUCUAAAUCAGCGUUUUAAGACCAUGGAGAAAGAUGCCAUGAAUUCGUCUCACUCCAUCUCCCUGGCUGUCAAGACAUCGGAAGAGAUCGAAGAAAUGUUUGAUGCGGUCUCCUAUAUCAAGGGAGCUUCUCUUUUGAUGAUGUUGAAGAACUUUCUUCAAAGUGAUGGCUUCCAAGCUGGCAUUCAGAUCUAUUUGCAUGACCAUAGCUAUGGCUCCACCUACAGUGAUAACUUAUGGGAUAGCAUGAAUGAGAUAACAAAUGAAACAGUAAAUAUAAAAAGCAUUAUGAAAACUUGGACUGCUCAGAAAGGAUUUCCCUUGGUGACUGUUAGAAGAGAAGGAAAACGCAUCCAUCUCCAGCAAGAGAAAUUUGUGCAUAAUCUGGAAAAUCAAACCUUUCCUUCAAGAUAUCUGUGGCAUAUACCUCUUUCUUACAAAACCAGCAAUCGCAGCUCAUUUCGCCCCUUUAAUGUAUAUUUGCUGGAUCAAAAAUCAGGUACUAUUGACCUUCCAGGUCCAGUAGAGUGGAUAAAAUUCAAUGUAGACUCAGAUGGUUACUACGUUGUGCAGUAUGCUGAAGAUGACUGGAAUGCUCUAAUUGACUUACUGAAGAAUGAUCCUGCUGCUUUAAGCCCCAAAGACAGAGCAAAUCUGAUCCAUAACAUUUUUAAUCUAGCAGGGGUGGGAAAGGUGCCGUUGGCAAUGGCCUUUAAGCUGAUUGACUAUCUACCAAAAGAAAAUAGCACUGCUCCAAUUACACAAGCUUUAUACCAAAUGAGUCAUAUCUUCAACCUAGUUGAAAAAAGGAGAAUGCAGGCCCUUGCAUCCAGAGUACUGUAUAAGAUAAAUGAACUACUUGGGGACAAGAUAAACAAACAGACAUGGACAAAUAAUGGGACCUUCUCAGAACAAGAGUUGCAGUCAGAACUAUUGAAGUUUGCCUGUUCCCAUGGUUUGGGAAAAUGUAAUGAGAUUGCUAUUGAGUUGUUUAACAAGUGGAAGCACUCCAAUGGUACAGAAAGCCUGCCAACAGAUGUUAUGAAGAUUAUAUUCAUAACUGGAGCAAAAAAUGAACCUGGCUGGGAUUUCCUUUUAAGCGUGUACUAUUCUUUGGUUUCUGAACCAGAAAAACUCAAAAUCCUUGAAGCUCUGGCCAGCUCAGAUGAUGUUAAAAGACUGAACUGGUUAAUGCAGACAAGCCUGGAAGGAAACAUAAUCAGAUCACAGGAUCUUCCAAUUGUUGUAAAUACAGUCAGUCAGAAUUUGCCUGGGCAUUUGUUGGCAUGGGACUUUGUCAAAGAGAAUUGGGAUCAGCUUAUAAAGAAAUUUCACCGUGGAUCAUACACCAUGCAAAAUAUUGUAAUUUCAACAACCUGUCAGUUCUCCACCCCAGAACAUCUUCUAGAGGUCAAGACUUUCUUUGAAUCAAAGUCAGAGGAGACUUUUCAACUGCGGUAUGUCCAAGAAGCCAUUGAGACAAUUCAGUUGAACAUCCAGUGGAUGGAGAAAAACCUGGCAGAACUGGCAAAGUUGCUAUAGUGAUGACAGUUCCAGGAGUGCUUAUAUUCGCCACUUGAAAUACUACAACUCCUGUUCUUUUGUUUCUGCAAAGGGUCAGGGUUGAAAAUGGGUGAUGCAACUGUCUUUGCACUGUGAGAGGGUUCUAGUUAGCUCAGGGUACAUCUUUUCCUAUACUGGCUCUCUUUGAAGGGUUUGUGGACUUGAUAUAGUUAUUGAUUUAAGGGUAUGUUCAUUCAUUGACCAAACGUUCACAAAAAACAAGGACAUUAUAGGAAAAACCAGUUCCAUUUUCUUCAUACUGAAUGACAAAACAGAAACAAAAGAGAGCAAGACAAGAACUCUCCUUAGAGCUGCUUAUUCUUUGCAAAGCACUGUUUAAUUAGCCUUCCUCAUUGUUCAUUGCUUCUUGAAUUGUAAAUACUAUACCUGCUGUGAAGUAUAUGGGUUUUUAAAUUAACAUGAUUAUAAACAGCUGCUAAGAUGCACAUAAUGGAGGAGAGCAACUAAAUUAAAAGUUGGCUUUUGGGGAGUUCUAGAUCUUGGUUUAUCAAAGUGUCUUCUAGAAAUUAUACAGAUGUCAGAAGUAUAUAUCUAUAGAUAAUAUAAGCAAUUAUUGAUAGAAAUGUUUAUUUUUGUCUGCAACAUAGCUGGGUGCUAUGGAUACCACACACUGAAUAAUUCAAAGAGUUUUUGUAAAGACAAGUAAAUGUUGUGUCAUUUAAGGGGAGAAAUCUAUGCUGGAAAAGAAUGCCAGAUAAACUGUCCAGUAGCAUCUAAAUGGUAGUUUGGAGAAUCUUUUUAUAUCAAGAAUUUUUUGGGAUGAAGAUUUCCUUUUUCCUAAGGUUCCCAAGGAAUUCAGGAUUACUUUUUAUGAAUGUUUAUUUUUUCAUGAGCAACAUCACAAGCUAGAAUUAUUAUAUUAUUUGAAUUUGUACUCAGAAAUUAGUCUUGAUCAAAAAGCUUUCAAAGAGUUGCUGUGUUUUACAUCCAAGAUACUGAAGAAGAAUUCGGCCAAAUUCAGCUCAGAUAUCUUCCUGAUGAUGCUAUCAGACUUUCCAGAUCACUUGUUCAUUUCAUUUACGUGCCAAAUAGCAUGUAUUACACCAUUGUGGCAGCACAGAAUUGUCUGUCUGGAAAUUCUAUGGCUUUGGUAUAAUUUCAAUAUACUGAAAUCAAGAUGUUUUACAAUUACUUGUGGAUACAGUCUUUUCUGAAAAUAGUCAUGACUAUUCUUUGGCCAAUGUCAAGCCAUAAGACACUUCCAAAACAUUUUCACCAGCAAUAAAAUUGUCAAGUUUGGCUGUGUAAAUUAUACCACAUUUAUGAAGCUCCUUCCAUGUCCAGAACAUUUAUGGUGAAGUAGACAACAAGCACUUGGGGGUCAUUCCCUCCUCUCUAGAUACAUGCAUAUGGUGCAUACAGCUCCAUAAUUGUAAAUCUCUCAUAAAAAUAAUAUGGUGAAAAUGAGUGGGAUACAUAGUUGGUUUAAGUCUUUCAUUCACUUUCAUGUAGAAAUCACAGACGUCUGCAGUUGUCUUCCCUUUUGGAACUACUUUCUGAUAGUUCUUGGUGGUGUCAGUAUCAAGAAGAGAUGUUUUAAUAGACAUGCAAAAUCUCCUUCUCCAAAUAAGCUGUCAUUAUAGAAAGAUGUGGAUGACAGUUUGAGUUCAUCCUUCAGUCUCAGAAUGGGAAAACUCAGUCCCUUUUGAGAGGAAUAUUAAGGUAUAUAUCUGGAAGUCCAGACAGACGAUGGCAGAUUUAGAAGUCAUUCUAAGAAUUCAUAAUUUAUCCUGCAUCAUUAGGCAACUGUUCACUAGAAUGGCAUAGAAAUCAGCCAAAAGCCAUGUUUCGAAUUUUUUCAGGCUAGGAGCUGGGCUUGCUUGCAGUGAUUAGCCUCAUAUGCUACAGUCACUUGUCAGGCCUUCUUGUGGAUGACAUCCCUUCUGCUGGUUUGACAGCACAACCUACUGUGGAAUAUUUUCCAAAGACUAUUAUUUGUGUUGACUGCAUGUGGUUGGGCAGCCUGUGCAUUCUCAUCCUCAAAAGUAGUUGACUCAGGAAGAACAGUGAACUUAACUUGCAUGGUCCUUCUGUCAAUUAGCAGGCAGUCACUGGAAUGGUGUUGAAUAGUGCAUACAGAUGAGCUGAAAAACAUAGCUAAUAUCUCCUGUAAUGUUUGGAGUGGGAGCCAAGAUUUUGUUGCAGUAAUUAGACUACACAAUGCAGUCACCUGUCAAAUCCACAGCAAGUUGACUUUCCAGUGCUGCUACCUUUUUUAUGUGGGGACGAGAGUCUUGAGAGGAUUUUUUCAGUAUCUCAUUGGUCAUAUUAAUAACUUACAAUGUUGACUCCUGUCUUCCUAGAUCCCUAUGAAAAUUCCACUUUCGAUUGGGGUUGUUUAUAGCACUAGAACAGUGUACAGACAACUGUUACGAAUUAAAUGCCUUGAUGCUACUGAUUUUAUUUCAUACUUCUCUCAGAGGAUAUCAUGCAGAUAAACCUUUUUAAUCUCUGUUCCCCCUAUGCCACAUUGCUAUAUAGUGCAAUAUUGGAAAGCUUACUUUGUUUCUGCAUGUAUUGCCUUUAAUUUAAAAAAAAACCAUAGUUGAAGCUGAUUCAUGGUUUUUCAUACAUUAAUAUGAAAAGUGCAAAAUGAUGUUUUUGAACAAUUUGGAACCAGUGUGAAUGAGGUUAGGAUGCUCACGUUGCACUCACAAUGAAAUCUAGCUGUUAAAACAUGAAUUCAGCACCAUCAAAAAUGCAACUUCCAAAAACCCUAAUCUGCUUAAAAUAGUAGCUUUUCAACUAGACUGAAAAUUCUGAAGAGAGAAGGAAAAUAUAUUUAAAUGACUUAAUGAUGUUCUUUUGAAUACUUCUGCAUCACUAAUAGACUGAAGGCAAAUCCAUCAAUAUUAAGUAGUACCAUUUUUAAAAACUGGUUGAAAAUUUCUCAUCUCCAUAUAACCAAAGGGAAAACAUUACCAUGUAUACACUCUUUUUCUGGGAGGAAAGGCCACCUUGAUUGCUAGGGAAUGAGUUAAUAGUAGUGCUUUUCUUCCUGAUUUGUAUUCCAUUGGUGUAUUUUAUCCUGUGCACUGUUCCUCUAGUUUGCUUUUUAUAACAAUAUUCUUGGGCAAAAUUCUGUAUGAUGGCUGCUACCUUAAUUCCUCUUUGACAUCAUCUGACACUGUAUCUUGGUCAUAAAUAUAUACUUACAUGCACCUGCUGCUGGAAGCAUGAACUAUACUUGAAAAUGCGGCACAUCUGUAUUCUAGAAUUAUGAACAUGGUGUUUAAUUUAAAGCACUGUUGUUUUAAGAGUAUUUUUCAAUUAUUUAUUUUUGUUAGGAAUUUUCCAUUAUCUCCAACAUUGUUUAAAUAGAAAUGUAAAUUCAAAUUUGUUUGCCCAUUUCUGAAUCUGAAAUCCAAGCCCUUGUAGAAACAAUUAAAACUCUUUUUCUUUCUUUCUGCAAAUACAUAUGUAAUCAAGUUUGGACUGUGAACUGGAAGCGAAUUGGAAGUCUUGCAGCUGUGUAUGUAUUUGUGUGAGAGAGGUAGAUAGGGAGCUGUAAGUGACAGGUCAUGCUUAUUUUGCCUUAAUAUAGCCUGCAUUUUCUUACUUCCCCUUAAACUGUGGGCCCGAACAGACAGGUCAAAAUAAAGCUACUUUGGGUCACUGGAGGUAUGUUGUUUAAAUGACGCAUGGCAUCUUAAGAAGCCAGAAGCUGCA